AAUUAUGGCACCCUUUGAUCUCGACGCCUGUAUACAGCAGCUCCUUCGCAAACAACUCUUGCACGAGGCUCUUUUGCGGGAAAUAUGCGAGAAGACCAAGGAGGUCCUCAUGCGAGAGUCCAAUGUCGUGCACGUUAGCGCGCCCGUAACGGUUGUUGGCGACAUUCAUGGUCAGUUCUACGACCUCAUAGAAAUAUUCCGGAUAGGUGGAUAUGCCCCACAUACCAACUACCUCUUCCUCGGCGACUACGUCGACCGAGGACUGUUCAGCGUGGAGACAAUCUCACUUCUAACGUGCCUGAAACUUCGCUGGCCAGAUAGGGUGCAGCUGAUCCGGGGGAACCAUGAGUCAAGAGCAGUCACCCAAACAUACGGUUUCUACACUGAAUGUGUGCGGAAGUACGGUUCAUCACAUGUUUGGACGUACUUCACGGACAUGUUCGACUUCCUCACACUCUCCGUGGUCAUUGACGACAAGAUCUUCUGUGUCCAUGGCGGACUGUCGCCUUCGAUACAUUCAAUAGAUCAAAUCAAAGUGGUCGAUCGGUUUCGAGAAAUCCCUCAUGAGGGUCCUAUGGCAGACCUCGUAUGGUCAGAUCCAGAUGCAGAGAAGGAGGAUUUCGCGAUCUCACCACGCGGUGCGGGCUACACCUUUGGGUCAGGCGUCGUGUACAAGUUCCUGGAAACCAACCAAAUGUCACACAUUCUCCGAGCGCACCAGCUAUGUAUGGAAGGCUACUCGUCAUUAUUCGAUGAGCACCUAUCGACCGUCUGGUCCGCGCCGAAUUAUUGCUACCGCUGCGGCAAUUCCGCCAGUAUACUUGAAGUUGGCCCCGGUGGCUCAAUGUUCUUCAACGUGUUCCAAGCCGCUCCGGAAAAUGAGCGCGACGGGCCGAGUCAUCAGGCCGCGCAGAACGCGGGGGGGAAGUUGCCAGAGUAUUUCCUGUAGCUCGUAUCAUCCAGUAUACCCCUUCAUGACAGGCAGCGCUCACCAGUCAUGACGCUCGCUAGCACCCGACAUUAUGUUGUGGAACUCAUGGGCCUAUAAGAUGGCUGUACAUUAGGAAGCGAACGGAAGCGAAGAGCCCGCGGCGAGCGUUACCGGCGUGUUUCCUGCUGUGGAUACUCCGCUAGAUCACCGUGCUGUGUACGUUGCUCAGGUUUCUCCUCUAAACCGUCGUACCCCGCC